AUGAACCUUGAGCCUGUUCCCUUCUCUGCCGAACAGUAUUGGCAGGAUAACAAGACUCAUAUCCUUCUAGCGGCAAGCGGGUCAGUUGCUGUUAUAAAGCUUCCCAAUAUCGCAGAAGCGCUUGGUCGCCACCGAAAUGUAUCUAUUCGCAUUAUUGUCACAGGUUCAGCGGAAAGAUUCCUAAGGGGACAGAGUUAUGAGCAGCCUUUCCUCAAGAGUAUUUUGCAAAUCCCAGGUGUGGACGCUGUGUAUCAAAAUGACGACGAGUGGAAGAACCCAUGGACUCGUGGUGAGCCAAUUCUACACAUCGAGCUGAGAAAGUGGGCGCACCUACUACUUGUCGCUCCUCUCUCAGCCAACACAAUGGCUAAAAUGACAAUGGGUAUUGCCGAUAAUCUUCUCCUUUCUGUUAUUCGAGCCUGGGAUACAACUGGGGCAGUGGAUUCGACUUUCAGACAGUCCAAGCCCAUUAUUUUCCUAGCUCCUGCUAUGAACACUGCAAUGUGGAAUCAUCCAAUUACCCAAAAACAGCUUACAAUUCUGCAUGACGAAUGGGGCCUGAGCGAUUCAAAUAAGGAGGGUUGGGUUACUGUUCUGUACCCAGUGGAAAAGACCCUUGCCUGCGGUGAUAAUGGAAAUGGUGCUAUGAUGGACUGGAAAGACAUAGUCAUAGCUGUAGAACAUCACCUCAGUUUAGAUAGCACUAAUGCUAGCAAUAAUGGUUGA